CGGAGACCAGCCGGCCGCCGGAUAUGAAUCCACCCAGGUUGUAUAUCUCUUGCGUAUAAAUAGGAGCACAUGCGGCAUACCAGUUACUCCCACUUAGCUCAGCCGUGAACAAAUAAGCCAUGGCGUGGAUUCCCAGCUCGCGCCGGCUCUACUGGGCGCUGCUAGUGGUCGCGGCCACUGCAGCCGUGGUUCACGCCGCUGCGGCGCGAGGUGGAGCGCGGCUAAUUACCAUGGCGUCUCGGCACGAGCGGUGGAUGGCCAGGUUCGGGCGGUCCUACACGGACGCGGGGGAGAAGGCGCGGCGGCAGGAGGUGUUCGGGGCAAACGCACGGCACGUGGACGCCGUGAACCGGGCGGGCAACCGCACCUACACGCUCGGGCUCAACCAGUUCUCCGACCUCACCGACCACGAGUUCCUGCAGCAGCACCUCGGCUACGGCCGGCACCACGGCCAGCGCGGGCUUCUUCUUCCCGAGGAAGAGGUUAUGCCCAAGGCUACCGCUCUGGGUUACGGCCAGGACAUGCCGUACAGCGUGGACUGGAGGGCCAAGGGCGCCGUCACCGAGAUCAAGAACCAGCGCUCCUGUGGGAGUUGCUGGGCGUUUGCGGCGGUGGCGGCGACGGAGGGCCUCGUCAAGAUCGCGACGGGCAACCUGAUCUCCAUGUCGGAGCAGCAGGUGCUGGACUGCACGGGCGACAGGAGCAGCUGCGACAGCGGCUACAUCAGCGACGCGCUCCGCUACGUGGUCACCAGCGGCGGGCUGCAGCGGGAGGCGGCCUACGCGUACACCGGGCAGAAGGGCGCGUGCGGCAGCAGACGCUUCGCCAGGCCCAACUCGGCCGCCUCCGUGGGCGGGGUCCAUAUGGCGACCCUGAACGGCGACGAGGGCGCGCUGCAGGGGCUCGCGGCGCGCCAGCCUGUGGCGGUGAUCGUGGAGGCAUCGGAGCCGGACUUCAGGCACUACAGCAGCGGCGUGUACGCUGGGAGCGCGUCUUGCGGGCGUGAGCUCAACCACGCAUUGACGGUGGUGGGGUACGGGACGGAGAACGGUGCGGGUGAGUACUGGUUGGUGAAGAACCAGUGGGGGACCUGGUGGGGCGAGAACGGAUACAUGCGCGUGGCGCGCCGAAACGGCGCCGGCGCCAACUGCGGCAUCGCCUCCGUCGCCUUCUACCCGACUAUGUAUUACAGCUGAACACUACUACGUCGCCUCCGUCGCUUUCUGCCAUUGAUUGAAUAAGUCGAAAAAGAGUUGGACAGUUCGUCCGAAAACCA